CACAUUGCCUCUCUCCACCCAUGCAGAUGUAUAAAUGAGUACCGUCAAAUUUAAUGCUGGGGGUGACCCUGUGAUGUACUAGCAUCCAGUCAGGGGGGAGUAGAAAUACUUCUAGUCGCUUCAUAACGGGAGAAAGCAUCGGCCUGAUGGGCCACUCGGCUCGUAUGCAGACUUUACAUUUUUCUUGUACAAACAUAAGACACCAUUUAAUGAAACUACUCGUGUUGAUGUUUUGUUUUACAGAGCAUUUGAAAACCAUGUCCCUGAAAGAACUGAAUCGCCCGACCUUUUGCGAAACACAUACUGACGAAAGAUUAGCGCUGUUUUGCGAUACAUGCAACGUGACCAUCUGUCGGAAUUGUGCGCUGACAGAUCACAGAAAACACAACACACAGUUUAUAGAAGACGCGUAUUCCAAAUUGCGUCCAAGAUUGUCGCAAGUGUUGGAACAAACAAGGAACAUUUGCGUCAAAGUGGAAAACGCCAUUCCUGUGCUAGACUGGAUGCAGGCCAAGGUAAACUUGAAAGCUGAUAGCGUCCUGCGUGAUAUCGAAGAUAGCAUCAAUAGCAAGAUUAAGGCUUUGCAACAAAGGAAAAGCGAGCUUCGAGCCGCGGUGGAGCUGGUACGAGUGAGUAGAAAGACCGCUCUGGAAAUACAGAGGAAACGACUGGAGGCCUCCCGGGAUACCUUGCAAGUAUCGUGUCGCUUUGUCAAAAGGGUGCUCGAAGAAGGUAAUUACAAUAGUUUGUGUAAAUGGCAGCGCUGUCGUUUUGAACGUAAAAUAGUUAUUGCCCGUGAAUUGAAGGGUGGAGCCACAAGAGCAAUGGUGUGGAGGGGUUCUUCCCACUUCUUUGGCAACUUUAUCUCUUGUGACCCAGUAUACCUGCUGUCAGCCAAAGAUCUUCUUUCCGAGAGACUACAGACACUAGCCAUUGAGCACUAUGAAUUGCAGCCCCGUGAAGAUCAUGCCAUCAGUUUCUGUGCUAAUAACGACGCGCUACAAAGCCUCAUUGACUCAUUCGGUUCAGUGGACGCGUCUUACGCUUGCUACGCGACCUCCACAGCCGAAGGACAUGGCUUACAGGAGGCAAACGUCAACCAACCAGCUUAUUUCACAGUUGUUACCAGGCUUUCAUGGCAACUUUCCACGCUACUUUUUAGGGACAGGAAAGGAAGACCCAUUGGAUGCGAAAGCUCCGACGUUCGUGUUCAGGUCGAAACCCCUGAUGGCAGCAUAAACGAUGCUGAGGUGACCGCACAGAAUGGCGGGAAACACAGCGUCAGCUACACUCCCUCCGUCCCAGGGCAAUACCUCAUUCACGUCACUAUUCGAAGUUGUAUGAUGAAUGAAAGUCCGUUUGUUGUCACUGUUCCGUAUGCGUCACGCGAUUACGAAAAAGUAAACCAUCCACAGUUGGUGAUCGGGGGGCCUGGAGGAGAAGCUGGGCAACUGAAGGGAGCCAGAGGAGUAGCAGUGGACAAGGAUAACAGAAUCGUUGUUUGCGACCGCAACAAUUUCCGCGUGCAAGUUUUUGACUCGUCCGGAGAGUUUCUCUUCACGUUGGGAACUAAAGGAACCGAUAACGGUGAAUUUCCAGGGGGUCCUUUGAACGUAGCUGUUAGCAACGAGGGAACGUUUUUCGUCACCGAUUGGAGCGGAGGACUGGUGCAGGCGUUUGAUAACAAAGGGGAGUUCUUAACGAGGUUGAAAAUACCAGCUGAAGAUGACGCGAAAGCUGGCAAGCUGAGUCACGUGGUUGUCGGUAGUGAACGCGUGUAUGUUACCGAUUCCCAAAACAGAUAUAUUUACAUGUUUAACAGUUUCGGAGGAUACCUGUCACAUUUCAAAGUUGGUUGCGUGGACGAGGACGAUGGACUUCAGAGCAAACUCUAUGGAAUUGCAAUAAACAGUAGAGGUAAGGAAGAGCUGAGAGAGAGAGAGAGAGAGAGAGAGAGAGAGAGAGAGACCGCAGUACUAAUAUAUUUCUGUGUUUAUUUGCAAUUUAAAGGUGAGGUUGUGGUGUGUCUCGCUAAAGACGGUGGUUUUCAAGUUCUUAGCAACGAUGGGAAACCCUUGCGAAAAAUCCCGCUUCCGUUCGCAAAAUGUAACAAGGUUUUUGCUCCCGAAGCCAUUGCUCUUGAUUCCAAUGACAAUAUUUUGAUCGUUGACAGUAUGAGGAAUUGUCUGCUGGUCUUCUCGCCUGAAGAUGGGCAUCUUAUUGCAGAAUGCGCAAGAGAUAGUCUUUGUAAUCCGUACGGUGUUGCUGUGGAUAGAACUGGAAGAAUUAUUAUCUCGGAUUCUUCAAAUCAAAUUAAGUUUUUUUAAAUCGCGAAGCUACUGUUUCCAUAGUAAACACACAUCUCAUAAUGUCUUUUUGAGAGUUAAAUUCUUCUUUAUUUCAUGUGCCAACAAGUAGGCAAAGCUGUAAGUAAUGUAUGGAGGAAAAUAAUAAAAAAAGAGUUGAAAAAGAAAAA